AUGACCGUUAUGGAGUUGCAGUUUAUGGCCGUUGCAAUUUCUAUCAAUUCUGUAUUUAAGGCUAUAAAUAAGAGCCUUCGAGAAAUGCUUAUGAAGAUACACCAUGAAUAUAUUCGAACAAUGCAGAGGGUAAAUGUGGCGCAUAAAAUUCGCCAAAUUAAUCAUUCUUUCGUCUCUACGAGUGAGGCUUUGAGAAAUAUGAACAAGUCCGAGGGGUUCAUUUUACUUCUCCAUCUCACUGUUUUUAGCUUAGAUUUAGCCGUCACUGUCAAUAACAUCCUGCACUCGAGACAUGUUAAUGGUAAUGUUUCCAAUACGCACUUAUUGGUGGGUCACAUGAUGUGCUACGUGUCCUCAGAAACAGACCCCUUACGAGAUGAAGUAGAUGAUUUUUCCAAUCAAUUAAGGCUUAACGACGUAUCGUAUUCAGCUAUGGGAGUAUGCCAUAUCGGUAGACCUCUUAUAUCAACGGUUUCCAAUGUACGCUUCUUGGUGGGUCGCAUUAUGUGCUACGUGACUUCUGAAACAGACCCUGUACGAGAUGAAAUUGAUGAUUUUUACAAACAAUUGCUGCUUAACAAUACAUCGUUUUCAGCUAUGGGAAUAUGCAACAUCGGGAGACCUCUUAUAUCGGCGGUAAACGACUGA